GUACCUAGAAAGAAAAUCAAGAUUAAAAGUGUAUACUUACUUUUGAGACACCCUGUACAUACCGAAUGUUCAAACUGUACAAAAGCUAGAGAUCCAUGUGAGAUUGAGCAAAUAACAGAAAUAUUAUGCAGAGUAGGAAAAGAUUAAAAAAUUUCUUCAUAUCGUGCAAACUUUUUGAUGCAUAUUUAAAGAAUGGACCUCCUGAAGUAUGCGCACCAAGAUGGCGCACAACCUGAACUCAGGUUGUGUACCAGGUUAGGGUUCAGGUUAUGCGACAUCUUGAUGCGCAUACUUCAGGAGUACCUAAAGAAUUUUUCGUUGGCACUUACAGACUUGCUUCAUUUCAAAUUUUAGCUUCACCAAACCAAUUUCUAACUAAAACUCUGAAGGCAAUAAAGUCAAAGUAUUUGAUUUUUGAAUUCUAUAAACUCAACUACAAAUUAGCUUGCAUAUCAAAAAAAAAAAGGAACGAGCAACUCUUGGUAAAGUAGUAAAUAAGUCUUGAAAAAGUUUGUCAGAAUCCGUGGACACUACAUUCAGUGUUUACAAACUAUGUACAAAAUGUCAUAUAGAGGGCACAAAUGUUUUUUCUUGAGAAUCAAUAAUAAAGGAUUCAGAAUGCAAAAAAAUGUUUUGUUUUUUUUAUUAAACAUAUAUUUCCUAUUGUGUAUAUUCUGUACUGUUGUUUCCCAGAUGUUGUUGGUUUGUCCUUUCAUCGAAAUUUGUAUUGUUUUUGAAUCGACGGAUAUUCAUAUCUAUAUCAUGAGAGGAAAGCUGAUAAGACAGCUUAAUCAUAUGGCAAACCACAGCCUCUCGUCUGGUUACCAGUCCAUGUCAGGUAUGAGACUAGUUGACCAGUUAUUUCAGAUGCAUGGGCAUGAAACGGCCAGGGCUUGUGUGAACCACCAGUCCAGUUUUCAAGGCAUUUGUAUCCUUGCAGGGAAUCAGAGGUUCAAUGGAGAGUAUGUUUGUAACUAUUGCCAACCGUCGAGCCCAACAGCUUUGUGUGAUCUUUAUUUCAUGUGUUUUUGUAUACUCUGUAUUUCUUUUCCAGGUUUUAGGAAUAGUUUACAAACAAAUAGGAAAUAUUUUUAAAGAUUUUUAUAUAUAUUGAAUUAAGGAGUAGUUCCAUUUGACUACAAAAAUGGUGAACAACUCACUGAAGGCUGUCGUAGCAGUAAUUCUUGCAAUCGGUGUAGGUGCUUGGAUUAAAAUUGUAAAAACUGGUCCAGUAUGUGACAGUGACACUGAUUUGACUGGAAAAACUGUGCUCAUCACGGGAGGAAAUGUCGGUGUUGGUAAAGAAACUGCCAUUGGUUUAGCAAAGCACAAUGCAAAAGUAAUUAUUGCUUGCAGAAAUUCUUCGAAGGCUGAAAAAGCAGUGACAGAAAUCAGAUUAGAAAGUGGAAACGAUUUGGUAACUUUCAUGGAGCUGGACUUAGCAGAAAUGGCUGAUGUCCGAAAAUUUGCAAACGAGUAUAUUGCGAAAGAAGAAAGACUAGAUAUUUUGGUCAAUAAUGCAGGAACAAUAACAGAUGGGAAAACUAAGGACAAUUUUGAUAUGAUGUUUGGCAUUAACCACUUGGGACCUUUUCUACUAACGAAUUUAUUGUUGCCACUAUUGAGAAAAACUUCAAAAAAGAACCCGGUGAGGAUUAUUAAUGUUUCAUCAAAAAUUUAUGCAGCAGGGAAAAUUGACUUCAAUAAUUUGAAUCCAGAUGUUGAUUCUAACAGUGGGAUGAAAGAGAUAUUUCUUGAAUAUGCAAACACUAAACUGAUGAAUAUAUAUUUCACAAGUGAGCUGGAUAAACGUUUAAAAAAGGAAAAUGUUGCAAUAACGACAUACUCUCUUCAUCCUGGCACUGUGAAUACCAAUUUUGCACUUGAUCUGACAGAAAAUCGUGGAACACUAUUUGUUUAUGUGCGUGAAGUUUUUGUAUGGCUAGCUUCCAUGUCGUCCUUCUAUGGUGCACAGACCUCACUGCAUUGCUGUCUUGAGAAAGGAAUUGAAGAUCAAAGUGGGAGAUUCUUUCAUAGGUCAAGACCUAUUGACCUCCUCUCCAUAGCAACCGAUCCUGCUAUUGGUCCAAAGUUAUGGGAAGUGAGUGAAGUCCUUACUGGAUUAACUGGCUGAAUUGUCAGGAUCCUUAGUGGUUUGAAUAUACGAUAAUAGCAUUCACACCUUGUUAUAUAUAUUAUCAUUAUGAAAUUGAUGAGCAUACAAAUUAGUCAAAGCUGUCGAUGCUUAGGUUCAGUACCUUUUAUUCACAAACGCCUCUUAUGGGGUUGGAACGGGGCAUAAUAAACCAAGUUUUUUAUUUGAAAACAUUGGAUGAUUAUUUCCAAUAAUAUUUGUUUGGUUGAAAAAGUGACUACACUGUGACAUAAAAAUUUAUUUUAUUUUACCAUGUUUGUAUUUUCAAAUUUGCGACUUUGUGUGAUUUCAAUAGCCAAGCUUUACGAGAGUCUAUAAUCGUGAAAUGGAGAUUUCAAUUUGUAAACAGGUCGAACUGACUGAUUCUUUUCAGUCUUGAAUUUUUAAGUGAUAAGCUGGAUCCAAAUGCGAAAGUGGAUAAUUACUCCAACACGGCCCUGCUUUGCGUCAUCACCCACUAUCUUCCAUUAAGGCAAUUUAUUCUGUUGCGUGGACAUUCUUUUAUUUGGUAUAAUAAUUCAGAGAUGCAAUAAAGUUUAUAUUCCGUACUGAA